AUGAAUUUACAACUACACCGGAUUCUGCUGCUUUUUAUCUUUGGCAUUUUGGGUUUAAUCCUAUUUUAUGUUGCAAAAUUACCUGAAAAAAACAUUCCAAGGGGAUACAAUGAACUGGCAGCUUCUGCCUUAGCAGAAGCUUGCCAGGUCCUUGUUGAAGGAAAGAAACGUUUUGUGCAAGCAAACACACUAAAGACAUCCUUCGGGACACAGAACUGCUCGGAGUACGUGAGCCAAAGUCACUACAUCACGCAAACUCUGUCUGCAGAAGAAGCUGCUUUUCCCUUAGCCUACACUGUAGCAUUGCACAAAGACUUCGAUACUUUCGAGAGGCUCUUCAGAGCUAUUUAUAUGCCCCAAAAUGUUUACUGUGUCCAUGUGGAUAAGAAGGCUGCCCGCUCGUUUAAGGACAAGGUGGAGAAACUGCUGGGCUGCUUUCCAAAUGCGUUCCUUGCCUCGGAAUCAGAGUUAGUGGUCUAUGCUGGGAUAUCCAGGCUCCAGGCUGACCUGAACUGCAUGAAAGAUCUUGUGAAAUCAGCAGUACCCUGGAAAUACCUCCUCAACACGUGUGGGCAGGAUUUCCCCUUGAAAACCAACAAGGAAAUAAUUGGGCAUCUGAAAGGAUUCAAAGGGAAAAACAUCACUCCAGGGGUGUUGCCUCCUACUCACGCUAUCAGAAGAACUCGAUACAUCUAUAGAGAACAAGUGUACAGUCUCUUCACUUUCAUGCUGUGGACAUAUGUGAAGAAAUCUCCUCCUCCGCAUGGUCUGACCAUCUAUUUUGGCUCAGCUUACGUUGCUCUUACCAGGGAGUUUGCAGGCUUUGUGGUCAAAGAUCGGCGUUCCAUUGACCUCCUUGAGUGGUCAAAGGACACCUACAGCCCCGACGAGCACUUCUGGGUGACGCUUAACAGGAUGCCAGUCUCCUGA